CGCGUAAACGCGAGAUUCUCGCGUGCGAUCGCGCGCAUUCGGCAAUUUGAAGCGAAAUCGCGGCAUUGCCGUCGUAGCGCUCGACAGAAGCGCGCUGUCGAGGACGAAGCGCGAUGGCGACUCGACAGACAUCGUUCAGGGCGCGACCUAUCGAUAUCACGUCGCAGUUGGCCCUGUUGCGCGAUCCAGAUGCGAUUAAGGAUGAGCAGGUGGUACAACGCGAGGUGACGCACGCGCACAAGGCGCUGGAUAAAGAGAACGAGGAGGUGCUGACGAAGGAAACGACGACUGGGGUGAGUGAAAUUCCUAUUCCUGAGAUUUUGAACGUGUCGUCGUACGAAUCGGAUUAUCCGACGAAUUAUAAGCAGCCGGAUUAUUACUUGCGCUCAAAAUUGACGUGCGGGCUGCCGCCGACGGAGACGACGAGUUACGUGGAGUAUGAUUUGGAUAACGAGGAUGAGGAUUGGUUGGAGAAUUAUAACGAUGGCUCCGAAGUGCUGAGCGCGGAGAAAUUCGAGGAGAUGCUGUGGAAGUUGGAAUUGGCGUGCGCCGAGGCGAACGAGAAGAUCAUGAAGGCGAACACGGCUAUGGCCGCGGCGCGCGGGCAAGUGAUCAGCUACCAAGAAAAAGUGGACGCGCUGGGUGUCGUGACAAACCUACCCAAAGAUAAAGCGUUGGAGUUGCUUCAAGAAAUCAGUGGCAAGCAAGCCAUUCUCACGGCGGUGUACGAGUACUGGACGGACAGGCGCCAGCGCUUGAAGAAGCCGCUUCUGCGUCGGUUACAACCGCCACCGGCACCGAACGACAGUAACCCGUUCAACGUGUUCCGGCCGCGCGAGAAGAUUUCUAGACCGCAGACUCGUCGACGUCGCGAGAACGACGUGACGAGCUACGACAAGCUUCGUCAGCUGCGCAAGUCGCUCGACAUUUCCAUAGGCGUGCUCGAGCUCGUAGUGAAGCGUGAGAAACGCAAGAGCGAGUUGCUCACCGUCGAGCAGGAGCUGCAAAAACUCCAAAUCAAGCUUCGACACGAGCCCAAGGCGUCGCUCGAGGCGAUCGAGCAAAAAGUCAUGGAGGCGGACAAGAAGCGCUUCAAGACGGAGACGCCGGAGAUUCCGCCGAACAAGAACAUCGUCCUCGCCGGUGGCGCGGUGGAACUCAUCAAGAAACCCGAUGGACAAUACGUCGUGUUGGGCGACGACAUGGGCGAUCUCGCCGGACGCAAGCGUCGUCGCGAGCUCGGUCUUGCCGCGCUCGGCGGUUACGCGCCUCGCCCGAGAGUCCAAAUUCCCGUGUUGCCGUAUCAACCGCCGCCGGAGAUUCCAGACAUCGAGAUGCUGUUCACCAAGUCUCCAUCCAUGGCCGCGGUGCGAACGUUCUUGCUUCCGCUCGGCGUCAAUCUCAAGCAGUGUCGACCCCGUUACGGUCGCAGCGGUCGCAUUAUCUUCGACAGGAAGGAUCCUAUCACUCGCGAAGCGUUCAGUGUCGAUAGCGACGACGAAAUGGACAGCGACGACGACGGAAACAACCCAUUCUUGAUUCGCUCCGCGUUCGCGGUGGCGCAUUGA